CGUAACCACGAAGCCUUCAGCGGGACGAGGGCGGGGCCGACUCUUGGGAACCGUUUCCGGGUUUCCCUUCCUGGGCUGGGACGGCGGAGAGAAGCGAACGCUCCUGUUGAUCCACCAUUAUUCAAAGUCGCUCUCAGACAUCCGGUAAGCAGCAAUGUCUCAGUCUGGAGAGAAAGGGAAGUUCCCCGAUGCGGUGGGUUAUGUCGGGUUCGCCAAUCUCCCGAACCAAGUGCACCGAAAGUCCGUGAAAAAAGGCUUUGAAUUCACCCUCAUGGUUGCAGGAGAGUCUGGUCUGGGCAAAUCAACGCUUAUAAACAGCCUGUUUCUCACUGACCUCUACCCCGAACGCUACAUACCUGGUGCAGCAGAGAAGAUUGAGAGGACGGUGCAGAUCGAGGCGUCGACGGUGGAGAUCGAGGAGCGAGGGGUGAAGCUUCGGCUCACCGUGGUCGACACCCCCGGAUACGGCGACGCCAUCAACAGCCAGGACUGCUUCAAAACCAUCAUCCAGUACAUCGACAAUCAGUUCGAGCGCUACCUCCACGACGAGAGCGGCCUGAACCGAAGACACAUCGUGGACAACCGGGUGCACUGCUGCUUCUACUUCAUAUCUCCCUUUGGACACGGCCUGAAGCCUCUGGACGUGGAGUUCAUGAAGGCCAUCCACAGCAAAGUCAACAUAGUCCCGGUCAUCGCCAAGGCCGACACGCUGACGCUGAAGGAGAGGGACCGCCUGAAGAGACGGAUCCUGGACGAGAUCGCGGAGCAAGGGAUCAGGAUCUACCAGCUGCCCGACGCCGACUCUGACGAGGACGAGGAGUUCAAGGAGCAGACCCGGGUCCUGAAGGCGAGCAUUCCCUUUGCUGUGAUUGGCUCCAACCAGCUGAUUGAGGUGAAGGGGAAGAAGAUCCGAGGCCGUCUCUACCCCUGGGGGGUCGUUGAGGUGGAGAACCCCGAGCACAAUGACUUCCUCAAACUACGCACCAUGCUUGUGACUCACAUGCAAGACCUCCAGGAGGUCACCCAGGAUCUGCACUACGAGAACUUCCGCUCAGAGAGGCUGAAGAGGACGGGCAGGGACGUGGACGAGGACGAGGUGGACAAAGACCAGAUCCUGCUGCAGAAAGAGGCAGAGCUGAGACGCAUGCAGCAGAUGAUCGCUCAGAUGCAGGCGCAGAUGAAGAUGAAAUCAGACGAGUGAAAGAGGCGCAGCACAAGGGAGACGCAGUGACACCCCCGCACACACCCCCGCACACACGCACGCACACACACACACACACACACACGGUCCUCCUCUGAAUCCAUCCCUCCACAUCCACCAGGUCUCCAGGAUCACACCGUCUUUAUCUGCACUCCUCCUCCUCCUUCUCCAACAACCCACGUCUCGAUUUGACUGACUGUCCCGUCUCUCGUGUGCCAGUUUUAAUGACGUGACAAUGUUAUAUGUUCUUUAGUCUUUAGCAUGACCAUGCAGAGCUGUCUCUAUGGUACUAAGAGCGUGUUCCACCACACUAUCAUGUUUACUCUAUACUUUUUGAACUUUGUUCCAGUCCAGUUUUGUUCCAUUUACGCUUAGUUUUGCCAUUAAGUUAAGAUUGUUUGAACAUAGUUUAGAAAUAGUUCCCAUGCUUUCUAUCAGCUAAUGCGUGAUUCAGUUGGCCGUCUUUAACUGUGGACGGGUUCAUUGUGGUGAUGCAAUAACUAAAUAUUACCACAGUGAACUCACUUAAGUGUGCUUAUGAAUAAUCUGUAAGCAGAGAACAGCUGUUUGUCUUUAACUGUGUUAAAACUAGCAACCGUAUUUUGUAGCAAACACUAAAAACUUAAUUCCAUGCUUUUGUUUAGCUUUUGAGCUGGAAAGCUGCUACAUGCGAGCUUUAGGAUCAUUGUUUAGUCGAAUAUAAAGGGACAUGUUGUUCAUAUUUUUUGUAUUUAUCAUCAAGAGCUGCACAAUCUUUAAUGUUGGUGCCAAACGAAACAUUCGGACUGAAAACUAAUCACACUAUUCAGUCCAGAUACUUCCCCACAUUUGCUUCAUGGGUGUCUUUUAAAAUGUUGGCUCGGUGCCUGUCACCAUACUGUAUUCAGGCUCAUUUAAAAGUCAAAUACUUUACCGUUAUAUGGCUUAAUGGCCUCCAGCCUUUUAGCAGUGCCAUCCAACAUCAAAGUCACAAUUAUUAUUAUAUCCUGAUCAUGUUUAGACUUGUUUUUAAAAUGUUUUUUGUAUCUCUCCUGAAUAAAAUGUGUUUAAAGAAAA